GUACCUCCUGAAGCUGAAGGUCAUGUACACCGUGGGCUACAGCUCCUCCCUGGUGAUGCUCCUGGUGGCCCUUGGCAUCCUCUGUGCCUUUCGGAAGCUCCACUGCACCCGCAACUACAUCCACAUGCAUCUCUUUGUGUCCUUCAUCCUGCGUGCCCUGUCCAACUUCAUCAAGGAUGCCGUGCUCUUCUCCUCCGACGACGUCGCCCGUUGUGAUGCCCACAGGGUGGGCUGUAAGCUGGUCAUGGUCUUCUUCCAGUACUGCAUCAUGGCCAACUACUCCUGGCUGCUGGUGGAAGGCCUCUACCUUCACACGCUCCUCGUCAUCUCCUUCUUCUCAGAAAGGAAAUGGCUCCAGGGAUUUAUUGCCCUCGGAUGGGGUUCCCCAGCCAUUUUUGUUGCUUCGUGGGCUGUCACCAGGCACUUUCUGGAAGAUGUCGGGUGCUGGGACAUCAAUGCCAACGCAUCCAUCUGGUGGGUCAUUCGAGGGCCUGUGAUCGUCUCCGUCCUGAUUAAUUUCAUCCUUUUUAUAAACAUCCUAAGGAUCCUGAUGAGAAAACUUAGAACUCAAGAAACAAGAGGAAGUGAAGGGAACCAUUAUAAGCGCCUGGCCAAGUCCACCCUCCUGCUGGUCCCCCUCUUUGGAGUCCACUACAUAAUCUUUGCCUUCUCCCCGGAGGAUGCCAUGGAGACGCAGCUGUUCUUUGAAUUGGCCCUUGGCUCAUUCCAGGGCCUGGUGGUGGCCGUUCUCUACUGCUUCCUCAAUGGGGAGGUACAGCUGGAGGUUCAGAAGAAGUGGCGGCAGUGGCACCUGCGUGAGCUCCCACUGCACCCGGUUGCCCUCGGCUCCUUCAGCAGCGGCACCAAGGCCAGCCCCUCGGAGCAGAGCCGGGGUACCUGCAGGACCAGUGUCAUCUGAGGCUGGAGCAGGGCCACCCAGACAGGCCAAGAUGGGUCCUGAGGGCCGACUGCUGCCCAUCUUCCUGCCAGAUGCCGUGUGAUCGCUCCUGCGACUCUUAACACCCCUCCUCCGGGCCUGGGGCAGGAAGAGGGCCUGGGAUUUGGGUCUGUUGAGUUUUCUGGGAAGACUUCAGGGGUCCCAGGAGGGGGCAGGGGAAUAAACGGUAACUGGGAUGAGA